ACAAUCUACUUAAUUUUCGAAUGGAGUGGUAGUGAGAGGCUGGUGACAAAUUCGUUGGAAAUGAAGCAACCAUCGCCAAUUUUUCUGACGAUUGAGCGUGAUGAGGGAAUAAUUUCAUCCGCUAACUUUAGCCGUAAAGUGAGGAUGUAUCUAAGGCAGGAAAGAUUUUGACGAGGCGAACGGAGAACGAAACCAUCUUGAACAGCUGAAUAAUCAAGACGGAGUUGUAGUACGGUGAUGAAGACCGCCGUAUCGAUGAACUGUAUGCCAAAGCAUUUUGACCCUUAGAAGUGUGGGGACCCCUUCCGAUCUCGAAAUUUAAUUUUACCGCGUGAUAUCAAGAAUUGCAGAUCGGAAUCCGAUCCGUAUAAGCAGCAUGAUCAACGCUGACUUAUCGGCAGAUGCGGGCAUUUGUGUUUGAAUAAUAAUAAUAAUAAUAAUUCAGAUGGCGCUGUAGGUCAUGUGAGUUGCGACGAACUUCACGCAACUCAUUCAACUGAAAGCACGUCGCGAGGUAUGAUCGAGACUUGGGAAGAUUCGUGAACUUUUGUUGAGAAAACACCAUUCCCGUUCUAUUCCGAAGAUCCUACGGGUGUUUGUGAGUUGAGAAAUGUGGUGAAAAAUGAACGAACUCAAGGUUAAAACCGUGCACUUGUUUGCCGCGUUAGCGACCCCAUGCAAAGCGUAACUUUACGUUAUCGGCCGAGUAAAACUGUGCGCGCUGCGCGUGGCUUGUGUUGUGUGCACUGAUCUCUAUGUGGUUGUGUGUCAUUGGUGUGUGAAUAGUAGCUAGGGAGAAGUGGCAUCUUUCAGGGACCUUCGCUGCGUUUUCACCAAAGGAAAAUGGUCGCCAGCUGUCAUUUGGGUGAUGAGAUGUUCAGCGACACAUGAAAAGACUGAAAAGAGGCUCGAGAGUGCGGUUGUAAAUAUCAGAGAACGGGAGAAAGCGCGUGGUGAUGUGAGGCUGAACACGGCGGAAUAUAUAUCGUCAGUUAAUACGAAGAGGCCGCGCUCGGAAACACGCGUAUAAAAACCCUAAGGUAGUGCAAUGAAAACCCCGUCGUACUUCACUGUUUACAAUUCGUCCCCUGCUUGCGUCGCCGUCGUAUCGUGCGAUAGUCGAGAGUAUCCCGUGCGGUUUAUCGCCGUAAACAAUACCGCGCGUUUAUAAUCAAAGAAGCCGAAAUAGAAACCCCGGCGAAUCAUCGUGUGUUCUUUACCUUCCCCGACGACGCUCUCAUCGUCUCAAUGUGCUUAAAAUCGAUAAUUUUUAUUGACUUUUCUACCUAACCACCCCGAAGUCAACCCUAGGCAUAUACCACUGCCUGUCUACUACUUGUGGUGCUGCACCGAAUGCGGAUAAUUAUUAUUUUCCUCAACAUCCUCAUAACGAACAAGUGAAUCAGCAUGGGUUCGAGCCAACAGUUCUCCUUGAGGUGGAACAACUAUCUUAAACACAUAACAUGUGCUUUUGACACUCUCAGAACCGACGAGGACUUGGUUGACGUUACUCUAAGUUGCGAGGGAAAACGUAUUAGAGCGCACAAAAUGCUGCUUUCGGCAUGCAGCACAUACUUCAGAGACUUGUUCAAGGAAAAUCCAUGCCAGCAUCCAGUCAUUAUAUUUCGUAAUGUCAAAUUCGACGAUUUGGCAGCGCUGGUCGACUUCAUGUAUCAAGGCGAGGUGAACGUCGUUCAAGAGCAACUUGCCAGUUUCUUAACCACCGCAGAACUCCUUGCUGUUCAAGGUCUUACCGACGGGACGGGAAAGGACAGCGACAGCGUUAACGAGGAGGAUGCGGAUAUCCCUAACGAGCCUGAAGUCCAGUUAAAAAAUCCAGCAAGUAAAUUGCCGACCAGCAAUCACGGAUCAAAGUCGCCGGCAUCGCCACGAAACUUCCCAACUCUUGAUAUACAGUCGGAAACGCCACCUAAUAAACGACGAAAAUGUCGGGAAAGUAGCGGGGCUAAUACGGAAAAGGGGUCAACGGGUAACACGGUAUCUGCGAUAAAAGAAUCAGAGCGGAAGAAUUUGGACAGCAACAAUACUCCCUCCGGUGAUUCGGUUGAAAUAAUUCCACUAAUGCCAAACCUCAAAUUGGAAAUGCCCGAGUACCUAGAACAGGACGGCAGCAGUUGUAGUUACGAGGAUCAAAGUGCCGGGGAGAGCUCGACAAACAGAAUCGUCCUCGACGAAACACCCUCAGACAUUCUCGAUCACGAGCAAAAGCCAGAUAUUAGUCACUCGUUUUAUUCAGCUAAUCAGUCAACCUCUGACACAUCUUUAGACAUAACGCAUCAAUCGGCCGAUCAGGGUCAUUUACUAUCAAAACCGAGUACGUCAGGAGAAAGGCUGUCACAGGAAGCAGUACAGGGAGGGAUUACAUACGUAUCUGGUCAACCUCAUAGCCUCAGCAAAGCAAAUGGUCAUGGGAAAGUAUGUGUACACUGCAAGCGGCUCGGAGUACUCACAUCAAGGGGAAAACUCAGGCAGACACGCUUCAAAUGUUGGCCCUGCAAUGCCUGUCUGUGCCGCUGGCCAUGUUUCACUGAGUUUCAUGAACUGCGAGCCAUUCCUCACAUUCCCCCUCCGUAGCACCAACCAAGCCCCGUUUUCUAUUCUGCCAACGCCGCGAAUGCUUAUCAAGUUAACUAAUACCCACCAUGUGUUUGUUCUUUUUUUUUUUUUCUUUUUUUUUUUCUUUUCUAUCUUAUUGUUUCAACGACAAUACAUUCCGCGCAGGACGUUUUUUGAUAUUAUUACUAUGUACGACUAUUUUUCGUUUAUUUUUUCCAAUACCUAACUAAACUUUCGCCGUUUAGUAAGAAGCAAAUGGAUUUGUAAUAUACACGUUUUAAACCUAGUAUGAAAAAUUUAAGGUUUAUACACUCGCACACACACAGGUAUAUAUAUGUAUAUAUAUAUUGACGUGUGUGUAUAUAGAACGAAAAUUUUACAUUUAUAGAUAGCAUGAAAUUUUACUUAUUGUGAAUCAACUGUUUUAAGUGAAUUUUCUCUGUUUUUCGUCUGUUACGAUUUUUAUUUAUUUGUUUUUUUUUUUUUUUUUUACGUAGUUUUAUUUUUUUUUAUCGAAGUCUCUAAUCGAUCCUUGUAAUUUUUCAAAAGAAUAAAACGCAACUUACACCGAGUUGAUGAUGAAUUUUUUUUUCUUUUUUUUUCAUUCCGUUCUCUCUAACUCGUUGACUCGCGAGACGAUGAACCGAUCGUUGUUUUAAUAGAGAGGAAAAAAACAUUGUUAUGAAUUAAUUUUAAGUGAAUUUUAAUUGGUACGAAAAUUCCUUAGUAUCUUCCGUGUUAGAUACGUUAUUUAGAAUUUUCUUAACUUAUUUUAAUCAACGUCAGUGGAACUUCGGAUGUAUUUAGAAAAGUAAAUAUCAACAAAGCUGGCAACGAAUCUAGCGUGUAUACUUAAAUAUUUUUGUUUUUUUUUAAUUUCUGUUUCGUUGUUUUGCUGGAAUUAACUCAUGGUAUCAAUGUCACUGUGUAGAAAUAAUGAAAAACACGCAGCCACAUUGUUAAUGCCAGAAUUUCAAUCUCUUCUGUGAUAAAAGUAAACUCUAACUUAGUAAUAUAGAUGUAAUAUCGUGUAAAUGAAAUGAAUUUGAAUAAGCCUAUUUUAAAUACAGGAACAUCAGCCGUCUUGCCUAUGCUAAGAGAUUUGUUGUACACGCAAUGAUGAGAGAGAAAAAACAAUGUCGAAUUGUCAACAAAACUUUGAAGUACAAAAGCCGCGGUCGAAAAAAAAAUUCGAGUCUUAUAUUUAUAUUAAUAAUAAUGAUAAUGAUGACGAUGAUAAUAACAACAAUAAUAAUAAUAAUAGUAAUGGUAAUUAUGAACCGUGCUACGAAUGUAAUCACAUAUUUAUAAUAUAUAUAUUAUUACAUUUUUUUCCCCGCACGCAACGCUUGCAUCUCGACGUAAUAUCAUUGUGUCGUUGUAAAGUAAUGCAAUGUGUGAAGUUGCGUUGUCAAUGAAAUGUAAAAUACGUUCGGUAUACCAAGUGACAAUAAUAUUGUAUUUCCAUCCAUUAAACGUUUUUAAUUUUA